CUCAGCUUCUCUCCGCCUCACCGGAAUCACCUCCUCCAGCUUUUCGCCGGCGGACUCCGUCAUCUGUGGGCUCUGCGUCUUCGCAUUUGGCGUCGCCGGUCACCAAUCGCAUAGCUCGUUAUCUUGUAACUUGUAAAUAUGGAGGUUAAGGAAACCAAAUCUUCUUCAGGAUAUGGUAAACCUCCUUGGAUUUUUAAAGGAAGUGCCUUGUACCAGUUUCAUCUAGUGAAAGCAGAAAUUGCAAAGGCUGUCAUACCUAAAGAGUUCAAAUUAGUUGAAGCGUUUGGAUACACUCUAGGAGGUUUCUUUCUUGCAAACUACAAUGAGAGCCCAGUUGGAAGCUUCGAUGAGCUUGUUGUGAUCUCAGGAAUUGUCUGGAACCCACCAAUAUCUCAUGCAUGGGCAUCAAGGGUUUAUGUCAACAGUGAUGAGGCAUGUAGGCAUGGCAGAAAGGAAUUCGGGCUUCCAAGUCAAGUUGCCACGUUUUCAAAGAGUAUAAAGGCCAUGUCGAGUAGAUCAAAGAGGAGAAGCAAUGGUUUGAUGAGUAGUAGCAAUGUUGAUCUUGGUAAUGAAAGUAACAAGGAUAUACAAGUAGUUGAAAUCAAUUGUCCUGUGACAACUCGCCUCUUUGAUAUUGGCCUUACUUCUCCUGUUCUGAAGACGAAUCCCUUCAAGUGGAUGGGAAUGGGACCCACAAUUAAGAUUUCGCUUCCAAGCUUUAGUGGCCAUACAGAACAUAAACCUGAGCUUCUCAAGUACUACUGUGAGAUUGAGUGCAGGUUGAAACCAACAUCACCAGCAAGAGUUUUAGGGUUGUUGGAUGGGGAGAUGAAGGAAUCCUUAGAAAAAAGAGACGUGAGUAUAUCAAUAAUGUUUUCUAAACCAAUUUUAGCUCUCGAGUUCAAUUGCCUAAAGAUGAAAGUUGAACCUCCCGUUGUUGUUUCAAAAGGCUCUGAUCAUCCUUCACAACAUGGCUUACAAUCUUAUCACUCUUAGUAGAAUGACAUGACCAUUUCCCAUUAAUCAUUCAUGUUCCUAAUUUUCGAAUGGAAAAAAUAAAAUAAAACUAACCACUCUCUCUUCUAUGUCCCAUAAAAGAUUAUCAUCAUAACUUACAAUGGAACUCUAUUCUUUUUGUACUGAUUAUUGUAUUCAUAUAUUUUACCCGUAAGUGUGUAUCUUAUUGUUGAAAAAUCUAGUACCACUGUUUCAAA